AGGUGGCGGUGUGAAGAGGAAAGCCCCUCCCUCCAUUCCUGCUCCAGCCAUGUCAGCUACUGGUCAGUUAGUUUUCAGUUGGUACCCCACUCCUGCACUCCGAAGUAAAUCUAAUUCGGUUUUUUGAUUUAAUUUCCCUUCAGUAAUAACUUUCUUGAAUCAGAAAAAAGUCUUCAGAAGAUCACUUCAACUCCCUUUCACGAGAAAAAAAGAGCUCAUAAAUCCUUGAGUUUUUGUUCAACCGUUAUUUUUCUGGUCAGUUGUAAAGGAUACUUUUCCUUCGUUAAAUGACAACACGAAGGUUCAGCGUCAAGACUUCCUAAACUAGAAGUCGGCCACCAUAAAACAAAGAAAGGCUACUCCAGGUUGUGUGGCAUGAAAAAUAUGCAUGAAGCAGGCUGCCGUUCCCUCGGAGUCUCCACUGAGCUGAAAGGCACACAGUACCUGGCUAAAACGAGAUAACGGCAAACCCCGUUUCACCUGCAUCAUGUCCUCCAACGCUGAGCCAGAUCUCAAAAUGCCCGUGAAUCCUCCUCCUCCAGAGGUGACCGAUCCCAACAAGCCUGGCCGACGGACCAACCAGCUGCAGUACAUGGAGAAAGUGGUGGUGAAAGCUCUGUGGCGUCACCAGUUUGCUUGGCCGUUCUACCAGCCUGUUGAUGCAGUUAGUCUCGGUCUACCAGACUAUCAUAAGAUCAUAACAUCUCCCAUGGACUUGGGCACCAUCAAGAAACGCCUGAAGAACAACUACUACUGGAGUUCAAGCGAAUGCCUGCAAGACUUCAACACCAUGUUUACCAACUGUUACAUAUAUAACAAGCCUACAGAUGACAUCGUGCUGAUGGCUCUUGCCUUGGAGAAGAUUUUCUUGCAAAAAGUUUCCCAGAUGCCUCAGAAAGAGGAGGAGAUUGUUCCUCAUGCAGGCAAAGGGAAAGGCAGAAAAAGCAUCCCUCCAGAAAAAAGGAUGAGGCCUGAAGACAUGGACCAAGCAACCACUCCUACCAAGAGCGACUUUGAAGCAAGGGAUGUUCCAAACCCAAACACAGAAUAUGGAGGACUGAGGGAACAGCUGAAGUACUGCAGCAACAUCCUGAAGGAGAUGCUGUCGAAAAAACAUUCCGCCUACGCCUGGCCUUUCUACAUGCCUGUAGAUGCUAAAGCUCUGGGGAUUCACGAUUACCACGACAUCAUCAAAUACCCAAUGGAUCUCAGCACUGUGAAAAAAAAGAUGGAUGGAGGACAGUACCAGGACGCGCAGCAGUUUGCUGCAGAUAUCCGCCUCAUUUUUUCCAAUUGCUACAAGUACAACCCCUCCCAUCACACUGUGGUCGGCAUGGCCAGAAAGCUUCAGGGAGUGUUCGAACAGAGGUUUGCUAAGAUGCCAGAUGAGCAAGUGGGGGUCACCGCUCCCAGCUGCACCAUCAGCAGUCCGGCUAGUUUGGACAGAUCUGAGUCAACAGUGGAGGACUCCACCCGGUUUGCUGAGGCACGAAAACAACUCAAGACGGUUGACAGACACCAUGCAUCCGUUUCUCAAACCCCAAAACUGCGAAAGGAGAAUGAUCAGAAAGAACAUGGCGGGGAUGUACCUAAAAGUGCUUCAAACCCUAUAGUUAGGAAUCCAUUGAAAGAAAACAAAGAUUGGGAUUUGAGAGAGAAAGCUUUGUCGGCUGUUCACGAGGAAAGACGGGAUUCAGACAAUAAAGCCUUGCCAAUGACAUAUGAGGAAAAACAUCAGCUGAGCCUCGACAUCAAUCGCCUUCCUGGCAUGAAGCUGGCACGUGUGGUCGAAAUCCUUCAAGCGUCGGAGCCCACCGUGUGCACCACUAACCUGGAUGAGAUUGAGAUCGACUUUGAGUUACUGAAGCCGUCCACUCUGCGGAAGCUCGAGCAAUAUGUCAGAUCCUGCCUGUUCAAGAAAUUCAAAAAAUAUCAAAAGAAGACCAGCAAAAGUGCCUCUCAGUCUGUCAGCACAAGCAGCAGUUUGUCAGAUUCUGGCUCCACCAACUCCAGUUCAGAAGACUCUGACUCAUAAUCUUUGUUGUUCUCUAUUUAUAUCUCGCUCUGAGGACCAAACGUUGUUACAUGUUUAAACGCUUGUUUUUUUUAUCUGUUUCUGUAUAUAUUUUAAUUGUUGAAAAUAAACCUUUCUACCUUUUUUA